AUGGCGGAGGGGGCUACCAAAUUGACGUUGCGGCGCCUGGAGGCUCCCGUUCACAAAUUCAUUAAAGUGGCUCUACCCACUGACCUGGAGCGGCUGCAGAAGCACCACGACAACAUAUUGAAGUACCAGCAGAGCCAACAGUGGGGUCGCCUUCAUCAAGAGCACAUAAAUGCGAGCCGGACAGUUCAGCAACUACGAGCCAACAUCAGAGAAAUGGAGAAGCUGUGCAGCCGCGUCCGGGCGGAAGACGCUGCAGCUCUCGAGAAGCUUGUCAAGCCGGUCAAGGACAGGGCGUCCGUCGCCGUGCGAGAUUUCCUACAGUUGCACUCUAACCCGACCAUUCAGCCCACGGCGUUCUCACCGUCACCCGACUCAGAUCGGCCGUCUGGCUGUGGGUCCGGCACUGACCACGCUAAUGACGAUGUGGAUGAAGAGUUGGUUUCUGGCUGGCAAAUUCAGUCCCAGCUGCCGGAGAUCCCUGCAGAAGAAAGUGCUGCAGAAUCCUGGGACGACCUCGAAGAGGAUCUGCAGGAGCUAAGCAGUUUGGUGACAAGCUUCUCUGUGCUCGUCCACUCCCAGCAGGAGAUGAUUGACAGCAUUGAAGGCAACGUCAACACGGCCGUCGCCAACGUGGAGGAGGGGUCCAAAAGCCUGGGGAAGGCGGUGGGCUACAAGUGGGCGAUGCUGCCUUUGGCUGGUGCGCUCCUGGGCGGCGUCCUCGCGGGUCCACUGGGCCUUAUCAUUGGACUGAAAACUGCGGGCGCGGCAGCUGUGGGGGGCAGUGCCCUGGGCUUCGCAGGAGGCAAGAUGGUGAAAAAAUACAACAAACGCCUGCUGGGGCUGCAGAUGAAGCAGCUGACUGAGCCGCCGACCGACGACGCGUCAGACAAGGACAAGUGA